AUGGUAAGACAUGUAGUUCCAAAGCUGCAUGAACUCUUUAUGAAUGCUCUCAGAGAGCAUCAACUGAUUACGAUGGGUGCUUCAUCGUCGUCGUCCUCCGUGGCUGUGGAGAAUCUAUUCCCCGCUAUUAUCCAGUGUUUCUUCAUCAUCUUUGUUGGAUAUAUUUGUGGUCGGACUCGAAUAGUUUCCCCUACAGAAUCAAAAGGAAUAGGUCACUAUGUGUCCUACAUUGCUCUACCAUCUCUGCUGUUCAAAGCAAUGGUGGAGCUUGAUUUUUCAUCUGUUAACUGGAUUCUCUGGAUGAGUAUUCUAAUCUCCAAGUCUAUUGUUUUCAUCCUGGUGUUUGUGUUUACAACUAUGCUCGGACGUCCAGUGCAACUGGGCACGGCUGGAAUUUACUCCAUCUUUGCAACGCAAAGCAAUGAUUUUGCUUUGGGCUACCCGAUCAUAAAGGCAUUAUAUGCAAAAACACAUCCUGAGUUUGUAAACUACCUGUACUUAUUUGCUCCAAUUAGUUUAGCUAUUCUUAAUCCAAUUGGCUUUAUUUUUCUGGAAAUCCAACGAAGUCGAUCAAUGGACGCGGAAGAUCAGCAAGCUGCCUGGAAGGUUGCAUGGAAUGUAACAAAGAGAAGCAUUGCAAACCCAGUAUUGAUUGUCGUAUUUGUUGGGGUUAUAUUCAACUACAUAUUUCAAGGAGCUGUGCCGAUAUUUAUUAAAGAUAUCUUGAAAUUGCUUGGUGACUCGUUUAAUGCGACUGCUUUGUUUUAUUUGGGACUUGGUCUUGUUGGAACUUCACAUCGCCAAGCUAAAUUUGUUCUGGUGGUGCCUGCAAUAUUGAUUGCUGCUAAAUCUAUUUUUCUGCCUUUGUUGACUCGUGCUAUUAUUAGUGGUAUGAAUGCAGGAGAUACUGCUAAUGCUACCGAGGCGCUCAGUACAUUUGGAUUUAUUUAUGGUACAUUUCCAACAGCACCAACAGUAUAUGUUUAUGCAACAUUAUUUAAUUCAAACCAAGCUCUUAUUGCUACAGGUUUAUUGGUUGGUACUUUUCUGUCUGCUCCAUUGAUGUUUAUUUCUGCCACCAUGGAGGCCUUACCCGUGAACAAUCCUGCUGAGUAUGAGAGUCUAGUGGCCGAGGCAUCGCUGUAUAUCAGUAUUAUUGGCAUUGGAUGCUGUAUUUGGGUAUUGGGUAUUUUCCUCAUCAGCAGAAGAUCCACAUGGAUUCCACACAACUUUACAGUUAAUCUUGUCUUAGCUCAGUUGGUAGCUUGCAUCGGUGUUAUACUUUACCGAUUCUGUGAUGACAGAAAACCAUGGCAACAUUAUAUUCAAUUUAUAGCCUUUCUAUUGGGCGUGUUGGGGUCAAGGUGCUGGACGUCCAUGAUUGCGUUAGCAUUAUGUUUGCUACGAUGUAAAAGCAUGUGUUUUGUUCUACGAUAUAAAGGCUUCUUUUACGUCUAUGGAUGGGGAAUGACAUCAAUAUGCGUUGCUAUAUUGUUGGUUGUUAGUACAUCUCAGGAUAAGAUUGAAGUGGAUCCGGUAUUCCAAUAUGGUAAUUUACAGGUUGUCAUGUCAAUAGUCAUUUUGAUCUCAAAUAUUGUCAUAGUAACUGCUUCCUUGGUGAUUUUACAAAGAAAUGACAGGUUUCAGAAUAAUGAGUAUUUACGUGUCAGUGGUGUCGACAGCGGUAUUGAUAACGAUAACACUGUUGGACUAAUGGAAGAUGAAGAUGAAGAAGAGGACCAAUCAGAUUCUAGAAACAGAGGGUCAGGUGAUGCAGACAUCCUUUGCACUGAAAAUGGUGCUGUCAACGUAGUAGAUAUAGAAAACAUAUCAGAGAACACCUGUAAGCACAUUUCCAGAUGUACUGAGCAUAAACAAAGAAAAUGUCGCAUGAUGUUGAAUAAAUAUGAGAGUCGAGCUAAUGAAUUGAGUAUGGAGAAUGAUGAGAUACUAUCAGCAUUACAGAGACAUCAAUUAGUUCGACAUAUUGUCUUAUUGUUAUUGCUGUUAUUGUCCAUGUUUAUUGGGUUAUUUCUGUGUAUGUGGAGGUUGUUUAAUGACAGCAAGUCUGGAAUCUAUGUAGAAUUGGAAUUCUUGGACAGCGUGUUCUCUUUUGGUCAGAGUUUCUUUGUCCUGGCGUGUUUUGGAUUUGAUACACAGUAUGUUAUAAUGCCUUUCAUGAAAAAGAUGUCUAUAGAAUUAGACUAUGCCAUAGCAUUGCUAAAACAUAGAUGGCGGAAAUUCUGGUAUGGAGUUGAACACGUGCAGCUGCCCGAGAAAAGAGAUUUGGAUCAAGAGACCAAAUUUACCUGUGAACAGUUUAAUAUGUACCACAAAGACAGAUGUAAACAAGAGUUAGUACAUGAUUUGAGGUACCAUUUACGUGUUUACAAAGGAGUAUUUCGAGGCAGCGCAUUUGUUGAUUGGUUACUUGAAGUAGGAUUGGCCAAAGACCGAUCUGACGCAGGGAAAUAUGGAAACCGUCUCUUACUAGGACGCGUUAUUGAACAUGUAAAACAAGAACAUCAUUUCCAUGACAGAUCUUACUUUUAUCGUUUUGUUAAACUUGAUGAGUAUGAAUAA